UCCGUCUAACAUUGAGGGAUGGAGAGAAAUCGUGAGAGACGGGAAAAGGGGGAGGAAGAGAGAAACGAUUCGGAGGGAAUUAAGGUCUCGCCGUGGUGGCCUACCUAUAAAUAUAUAUCCUAGCAAUUUCCUCUAAGUUGGGUUCUCCGAUAAUGACGUCUCAAUACUUGAAAGAUUGGCGUGAAUUGAAAUGCAUAUUGCAAGUCCUGUGAAACCUAAUAACUUCUUAGAUUACUAAUACAGCACAUACUAGGUAGGUAAACCAUUAGGCGACCUUAUUAUAAGAGCAAGCCACAAGUGAAAGUUCUGAAGCUAUUGAGUCAUUCGUCUUUGUCCAUUUUGGCAGGACAGUAUUAGCGGCCGCAACGGUCCACCCUCCCAUAUCAGCCUUACGGUCGUCGAACAGUUGGUGGGUCCAACAGAUGUCCGGGGUACUUAAACACCCAGGGAGUAUGGAUUUAAGCACGUGGUUUUCUCGUACUUUCGUCUUAUUACCGACCUCCCAAAUACUUCCACAAUUAUGAAUCGCUGUCUGAAGAUCUGAUGAUGUCGCUUUCUAAUAACGAGCACGAGCCACCCAGCGCAGCACCGCAGAUCAACUCAAACCCGCAGCUGCAAUCCUAUUAUUACUCCCUCGAGUCUCGAUUAGGGUACAGAUUACUUCUGGGCGGUACAAGGCACUUUGGUUACUGGAAACAUGACACGUAUUGGCCUUUCCCGCUCUCGACAGGCUUACGUUCCAUGGAGGAUAAACUAGCCGAGGCGAUUGCACUGCCGCCCGACUCCCAGGUGUUGGAUGCUGGUUGUGGCGUAGGCCACGUAGCCCUUCGCAUGGCGAAACAACAUGGACUGCGCAUCGAGGCUAUAGAUAUCGUCGACCAUCAUGUCGCCAAAGCCCAGCGAAAUAUAGAGCGGUCAGGUUUGCCACAAGGCGCAGUCAGAGUACGCAGAAUGGACUACCACCAUUUGGAGUCUUUCGCCACGGAAUCUCUUGACGGCAUUUAUACCAUGGAGACGUUUGUACACGCUACCGACCCCAAGGCGGUCCUAGCUGGCUUUUAUCGCAUUUUGCGCCCAGGUGGUCGUCUCGCCCAGUUCGAGUAUGACCACAACGCACUCGAAUCUGCACCCCAGGACAUCGCUACUGAUAUGGUCCAGGUAAACAAGUAUUCCGCUAUGCCUACCAACGCCAUAUCACACCCGGGGGUAUUCAAGGAAAUGUUAGAAGAGGCAGGGUUCGAGAAUAUCGUUGUCCGUGAUUAUUCGGAUAAUAUCCGUCCAAUGACGCGGCUAUUCUACCUUCUCGCCAUCGUCCCGUAUUUCUUCGUUCACUUAUUUAGACUCGAGAGCCACUUUAUCAACACGGUCGCCGGAGUGGGAUCAUAUAGAGGUCGUGGCCAUUGGCAUUAUGUGGCUAUUUCCGCUACAAAACCUGAAGGUCCAAUUGAAGCGUCAAAAUCUAAAUAAAGCAUUCUUGAGUUAUAUCUACCGUCUUUGAAGUUAGUUCGAAAGGUCAACUACAAGCUCUAGAAGGGUGAUUCUGAUGAAUUACGUAAGCGAAGCCGCUUGUGCGACACCCCUUUUCAAUUCCUGGUCAACGCUGUUACCACAUAGUGGUUGUGUACUUUAUGGCCCCCAGUCCGUCUAUGCCUAAAUACAUUGUCGCAGGCCACGGGUCCUCUAUCUAGUCUCGUUACUGGUGCGGUAUAUCAAUAUCUGUGGUCUUCAUCUCUUUUUUAUCCAACCAGCUCUGUCACGUCCUGGUCGAGGACGAACGUAAUAAUAGACAACAAACAACAAUAACAACAAGAACAAGUGAUCGUGACAACGAAUCUUUGCAAGGCAGAAUGAGUUGUCUUUCUUUUACUAUCUUGAUGCUAAAAGCUCUG